AUGUCUAUUUAUGUGAGCGCACCACCAUUGCAACAUCCGUGUGACUCCAGCAGAAAAGAGCGCACUUUUCCUAGUGCGGAAUCUGUCCACUGUGGACGACUAUUGUCUUACGAUGACAAUGUUCUAAGUGGUCAUGGUACGGUACUUGCUGGCGCCGGAUUGUUAGCAAGCGUUUCGGGAUUGAAGAUUCAAUACAGUCAGUUGUAUAUGGUAGAACCGUACAAGUCGAAAUAUCUUCCUAAAGUAGGUGAUGUUGUAGUUGGUCGCAUUGUCAGUGUUCAGAAGGCUCGCUGGAAGGUAGACGUGAACUACAGAAUUGCUGCUGUUUUGCACCUCAACAACGUCAACCUUCCCGGGGGUGAGCUCAGGCGCAAAGGCUUAGAGGAUGAAAUUGCAAUGAGCGAGCAUCUCGUUGUGGGCGAUUUGAUAAGUGCGGAAGUUCAACAGAUAAAAGCAAGAGGACAGCUUCAGCUACAUACGAGAAACUUGAAGUAUGGAAAACUUGGACAGGGGAUUUUGGUCAAGGUAAUUCCCACUCUCAUCAAGCCGCAGAAGGAAUAUAUGCACGUGUUAUUUGGCAUUGGGGUAACUAUUGGUUGUAAUGGUGUCAUAUGGAUCUCACCAGAAAUGAGUUCAGAUCCUGACGGUGGUUAUGGUCAAGAUGUUACUAUAAUAAAGGAUCUUGCUCUCCCCGAGGUGGUGUCGUCCUUAGUGCCCAAAGUGAAGUACAUUGCUUUUGCUGAAGAGGAAAAUCGAGAAAAAGAAACAGCUCUUGAAGCAAUUACAAGACAAACUCGUUAA